AUGGCUUCGCUCCAGGUCUAUAAUUUGAGAGGGCCAGGCCUGUUCCCGCUCGCCGUGGUCGUCGACAUGAUGCUGCAGAUCGCGCGCGGCAUGGACUACCUGCACUCGAGGAAGAUCUACCACGGCGACCUGAACCCAUCCAACGUGCUCGUCAGGACGCGGGACGGCGACACGCCCCUCCACGUCAAGGUCGCUGGGUUCGGGCAGUCCGCGGCGACCGUGGCCGCCGCCAACCCCAGGCCCAGCCCUAGGGCGUCGGCGAAAGCAGCAAACGCCAUCAACGCCGUCGUCGCCGCCUCCAACCCUUUCAUCUGGUACGCCCCGGAGGUGCUGGAGCAGGAGGCGGCCAAGUGCACGGAGAAGGCGGACGUGUACAGCUUCGGGAUGGUCUGCUUCGAGCUGCUGACGGGGAAGAUCCCAUUCGAGGACAACCACCUGCAGGGGGAACACAUGAGCAAGAACAUCCGCGCCGGCGAGCGGCCGCUGUUCCCGUUCCAGGCGCCCAAGUACCUGACCAGCCUCACCAAGCGGUGCUGGCACGGGGACCCGGCGCAGCGGCCGGCGUUCGCGUCCGUCUGCCGCGUCCUCCGCUACGUGAAGCGGUUCGUGGUCAUGAACCCGGCCCCCGCGGAGCAGCCAGACGCGGCGCCGCCGCCUCCCGUGCCGCCGGUGGAUUACCUGGACAUCGAGGCGAGCCGGCAAAGGAGCCCGGCGUGGCAGUCUGGGUCCGGGAACGCGGCGCCGCGGGUCUCCGACGUGCCGUUCCAGAUGUUCGCGUACAGGGUGGUGGAGAAGGAGAGGAGCCGGGCGGCCAUCCUACACAUCGGCGGCGGCGGCGGCAGGGACAAGGCCUCCGACUCCAGCAGCGACGGCAACUCGCUGUGCGGGGACGAGAGCAGCAGCGCGACGCUGUCGGACGCCGAUGCUCUGUCCGUGUCGAGCCGCGGCACCACCACCACCACCACGCGGUCGCUGCCGGACCGCGCCGGCAGCAGGAAGGCGUCGCCCAGCGACCGCGCCAGCAGCAGGAAGGCGUCGCCGAGGAAGCUGGAUGGCAGCAGGGUCGCCUCCAGGCUAGCAGGCAAGCCUUCUGUCCAUGCUGCUCGUCGUUGA